AAGCACGUGUUGUCAUCAAUCCCAAAGGAAGAGUGUGCUGGAGGAGCCAACAACUUGGAUAUGGCUCUUCAUGAACCACACAUGGAGAGAGCCCUUGGUGUGCAAUGGUGUGUCACAUCAGAUGAUUUCCAGUUUAGAGUGGUGGUGAAAGAAAACCCCAUGAGCAGAAGAGGGGUAUUGUCCACCGUGGCCUCAGUGUUUGAUCCACUUGGCUUUGUCGCACCUUUCAUCCUUUUAGGAAAGAAAAUCCUCCAGCAAAUGUGUCAUGAGAGAGUUAGUUGGGAUGAUCUUCUUCCAGAUCAUCUGCUGCCCCAGUGGGAAUCCUGGUUGAGAGGACUGCAAGAUCUAGCAACCAUAAAGGAACAACGAUGCUACCUACCAGGAAGCUUUGGCAAAGUUGUGAAAUACGAGCUGCAUCAUUUUUCGGAUGCCAGUGCCUCAGGUUAUGGAGAGUGCUCAUACCUGAGAGCAAUAAGUGCAUCGGGAGAAGUGCACUGUUCCCUCGUGAUGGGGAAAGCAAGGGUAGCUCCUUUAAAGGUAACAACUAUACCAAGGCUUGAGCUCUCUGCAGCAGUGGUGGCAGUGCGCACAAGUGACAUGCUCCAGAAAGAGCUUGAAAUGGAAGGCCUGCAGGAAUACUUUUGGACUGAUUCAAGGGUUGUCCUUGGCUACAUCAACAAUGAUGCAAGGAGAUUUCAUGUUUUUGUAGCAAACCGUGUCCAACGUAUCAAGCAGAGCACACAUCCUGACCAAUGGAACUACAUUGCUUCAGAAGACAAUCCCGCUGAUCACUCUUCUAGGGGACAGACAGCGGAACAGCUCAAGGCAUCUAACUGGUUUAGAGGUCCAAAUUUUCUGUGGCAGCUAAACCUCCCAAGUAGUGUGUUCACGGUGGGAGAAAUAUCAGAAGAUGACCCAGAGUUACGAAAGACUCAUGUUCAUAAAAUUCACUCAAGGGAAGAGAGGUCACUGCUAGAUCGUCUGGCAAGGUUUUCAGAUUGGACAAGAGCAGUACAAGCUGUAGCCAUACUGAAACGCAGAGCAAGGGCAGCUAAAGGCCACAAACCAAAGUUUAGUGAACCCACCACUUUGGAGGAGCGUAAGGAGGCAGAGGUUUUUCUCAUCAAACUGGUUCAAGCAACACACCUUGCUGAAACCAUGAAGAGUCUCAAGCUUAAUGGGCAAAUCAAGGCAAUUGAGAAGGCAAAUAAAUUGCACAAAUUAAACCCAUUCCUUGAUGAGCAUGGUGUACUCAGGGUUGGUGGGCGCUUAACAAUGUCCAGUCUUCACCCCCAUGUGAAACACCCAGCUAUCCUUCCUAAAGAAAGCCAUUUGUCAGCACUGCUCAUCAAGCAUCAUCAUGAAAAGGUGCAGCACCAAGGUCGAGGUAUGACUGUUAACGAGCUGCGAGCCAAUGGUGUUUGGAUUCUUGGAUGCAGUAAGGCAGUCUCCUCUCAUAUUUACAACUGCACAAAAUGCAGGAAGUUUAGACGGAACACUGAAGGACAAAGGAUGGCAAACCUCCCACAAGAACGCACGGAGUUGACACCACCCUUCACAUAUUGUGGGAUGGACUGCUUUGGGCCUAUCUAUGUCAAGGAUGGCAGAAAGGAGCUUAAGCGUUAUGGGCUUUUACUCACAUGCAUGUGCUCAAGAGCCAUACAUAUUGAGAUGCUUGAUGACUUAACAACUGAUGCAUUCAUCAAUGCCUUGCGUUCAUUUAUUGCAUUGCGUGGAAGUGUCAGGCAAAUUCGAUGUGAUCAAGGCAGCAACUUCAUUGGUGCAAGGCACGAGUUCGCUGAAGCCAUGAAAGAGAUGGAUGGAGAGAACCUCAAGAAAAUUGGAUGUGAGUUUGUUAUGAACACACCCUCUGCAAGUCAUCAAGGUGGGGUUUGGGAACGCCAAAUACGCACUGUGCGUAAUGUUUUGGCAUCCGUUCUCGACCAAUCAGCUAAAAGGCUUGACAGCAGUUCGUUAAGAACCUUCCUCUACGAAGUUAUGGCAAUUGUGAAUAGCAGGCCAUUAACAACAGAGCAUUUGCACAAUCCAUCUGGUCCAGAACCCUUGACACCUAACCACAUCCUGACAAUGAAGUCAAGCAUUAUUCCCCCACCUCCUGGAAAGUUUAUCAAGGAAGAUCUGUACCUGCAAAAGCGAUGGCGCAGAGUACAGUUCUUAGCCAACAGCUUCUGGGAACGGUGGAAAAGGGAAUAUCUGUUGAAUCUUCAGAGCAGACAAAAAUGGAACAGAGCAAGACGAAAUGCGAAAGUCAAUGAUAUUGUGCUUCUCAAGGAUGAUUCUGCUCCACGUAGUCAGUGGAAGAUGGGAAGGAUCAUAGAUGUCUAUCUGGGACAGGAUGGAAAGGUGAGAAGUGUGAAGUUGUUGAUCAGUGACUCAAUUCUAGAUGCUAGAGGAAAGCGCACCACAAAACCAACCUACCUGGAGAGACCUAUUCAAAAGACUGUAAUUCUACUGGAGGCUAACUGAAGAGUCACUUUGCCAAUCCACCAGUUCCAUUAAUGUUAAAUGUGAUUUCUUGUUCUAUCCAUACAUGUUAAGUUUUAUGGGAAAUCACAGGUGAUUUGGUGGGAGUGUAACUAACAGUGAAGUAUUCCAAGGUUUUUCCUUGUGUUUAUAUUUGUAAGUUUCCUUUAAUUGUGGAACCUUGUAAUUGGCGGUAGCGGAAGUAACGUGCAGCACGGACUGAGUUUGUGGUGACACAAGAGCAGAGAAGCAUGGCGCUCUGUGAGUUCUGCUGCAUCGUCCUACUGCUUUAAACUGGACUAAGUUUUAAAGAACACAUAAGUUGAGUUAAAUUAAACCCUAAUUGUGGACUUACUGUGGAGAGGAGUAGCGGCUCGCGCAAAGAACGGACUUUCUCCCGUUUGGCUACAGCAGGCAAUGAGGUGUGUUCAGGGUGCCUCUGUUAAUUUGAGUUUCAAUGAAAGUGCAGUGAAAGUGCCAUAAAAAGGCAUUUAUGUGUCUAUACCUUUGUUUGUUUGAAUUUACUGUGAUAAGAGAGUUAUUGUAAACAUGUGGCUUAUUGUAAUUGUUUUGUUUGGGUAGUUCUCACGAUGAUGAUGAUGAUGAUGAUGACGACGCUGAGUAAUCUUGUCGCCGAACAUUGAAUAAAUCAUCUGUAAACAAGAACUUGUCCGCGUGGUGGCUGACGGGAGCUACACCGAGUGACCCCUUUAUCUUGACUCCAGCUGUCUUCCUGACUCAAAAGGUAGCACCCCUUCAGGCUCCAGCUGAAAAAUUCACAGCAUCAGACCUCUACAAACAUCAGUGGCGCCAGGUUCAGCACCUGUCGAACAUCUUCUGGGACAAAUGGAGAAAGGAGUUUCUCCCUACCCUCCAGCCACG